UUUUUUUUUUUGUUCGUUGAUGAAUUCAAAGAUUUACCAUGUUGGGUAGUGAUCUUGAAAAAACCUUGGAAAAGAAUACAAUUCGAUUGAUAGGGUUUCUUCAAGAAUGCUCACUUCUUGGUAGUUUAUCAGGAUUCAGGUAUUUUGAAGUAUGCAUGCGUAGUAGAGAGGAACUUUUAUUAUGUAUCAGUCCACCUGGUAAUGUAGAACAAAGGAAAAGACCUUUGACCAUCAUGUCAUCUACUUAUUUACUGGAUGAAGAUUAUAUUGAUCGUCAUGAUUGUACGGUGUUUAUGGUGACGGGUUACGCGGUCUACAAUUGUCCUUAUAUUUAUGCAUGGAAACAAUCCAAUCAAUCUCUUCGAUAUAUGACUAGUCCCGUGGAACCGGAUGUACCUUUGAGACUUGAAUCUACUCUUUCAUGGAAUAGGAAACAUGUUGCAUUAUGGGAAAUGGUAUGGGAAUUACUUUCAAGAUUGACGUGGCCAAGUCCAACCAAUCCAUUUGCCAUUGAUUUCGAUUAUUUGGACAGAUUACCAUUACCUCAAUCUUUAUUAUUGAUUGGUGGUUUAUUAGACUUUUUACAAACUUUAUGGGUCCAAGCAGAACCUCAAGUGUCUUUUAUUAAUCAAGUAUUUGAAGAUAUACAAUUAUUACAGCAACGCCAUUUACAACUAAUGCGGGAUUAUACACACAAGAUCAAUGUGGCGACACCUUCAACAUGACAAAGGUAUAUCUUCAUUGACGAUAGUAGAAAUAGUUGUACCACCCAUCCUUUUUUUUUUUUCUAUUCUUAUUACUAUUCCAAUCAUUAGCUUUAGCUAUAUCAAUCCACAUUCUUUUUUUUCUUUAUUUUUUUUUUUUAAAAGAAUAAAAUAAAAACUAUUCCAUAGUAUGAUCAUUCA